CUGCGCAUGUGCGGCGGCCAUUCCUGCGCGCCAUGGCCGACACAGAAGCAAACCUGUUGCGCCAUUUCCCGCUGCUGCUUCCUCAGAACCGGGAGAAAACUGUGUAUGAAGGAUUCAUUUCGGCUCAGGGAAGUGACUUCCAUCUCCGAAUAGUGCUGCCUAAAGACCUGCAACUCAAGAAGGCGAGGUUACUGUGUAGCUGGCAGCUGAAAAAUAUACUUAAUGAAUACCAUCAAGUAGUCCAACAGAGAAUGAAGCACUCUCCUGAUCUAAUGAGCUUCAUGAUGGAGUUGAAGAUGAUUUUGGAAGUUGCUUUAAAGAAUAAACAAGAGUUGUGUGCACAACCUCCUUCUUGCAGUUUCUGCAAAGACCUUCUUACUGAGAUAGGAGCCGUUGGUUGGGAUAAACUCGCAUGUGUGGAUAGUUCCUUCAGUACCAUCAAGUUAAAAGCAGAUGAUGCUUCUGGUAGAAAGCACCUAAUCACUGUGAAGUUGAAGGCGAAGUACCCUGUAGAGCCACCAGAUUGCGUUGUGGACUUUCCUGUCCCGUUUUCUGUUUCCUGGACACCACAGAGCUCCUUGGUAAAUGUUUAUAGUCAGUUCUUGGCUGCAUUAGAGACACUGAAGGCAUUCUGGGAUGUUAUGGAUGAAAUUGAUGAGAAGACCUGGGUGCUGGAACCAGAGAGACCUCCCCGGAGUGCAACAUCACGCAGGAUUGCAUUAGGGAAUAAUGGCUCCAUAAACAUCGAGGUGGAUCCCAGGCACCCGACCAUGCUUCCUGAAUUUUGCUUUCUUGGAGCUGAUCAUGUGACAAAACCCCUCGGAAUCAAGCUGAGGAGCAACAUUCAUUUGUGGGAUCCAGAAAAUAGUCUGUUACAAAAUUUGAAAGAUGUGUUAGAAAUUGAUUUUCCAGCUCGUGCUGUCUUGGAAGAAUCUGACUUUAGCAUGGACUGUGGAAUCUGUUAUGCCCGUCACCUGAAUGGUGCCAUUCCAGAUCAAGUGUGUAAUAAUCCCCAAUGUGGACAGCCUUUCCACCAAAUAUGCUUGUAUGAGUGGCUGAGAGGGUUGAGCACCAGCAGACAGAGUUUUAACGUCUUCUUUGGUGACUGUCCCUAUUGUAGUAAGCCAAUUACCUUGAAAAUGUCUGGGAGAAAACCCUGAGUGGAACCUACCUGUCAAGCGAUGGAAUGCGUAAACAUUGUUUAAAAAUAAAAACAAAAGUAAAAACA